GAGGCUGAGUGGUGCAGUGAGGGACAAACAAAAGGAGGCGCCGGAGGAGCGCUGCGGUCGGCGGCGGGACGGAGCGGCCGGGGGCUGGGGCUGCCUGCUGGGCAGCCCGGCACGGCGAGCCCAGGGAGGCAGCGUCCAUGGAGCAAAAGGAAUGCCAGGACCCUGCGCAGGCAGACGUGGGCCAGCCUCGGCACCGACAGCCAACACGCAGAUAGCAGAGCCGUCCUCGGGUUGAACCAUGAUUCCGGUGACAGAGCUCCGCUACUUUGCGGACACACAGCCAGCAUACCGGAUCCUGAAGCCGUGGUGGGACGUGUUCACUGACUACAUCUCUAUCGUCAUGCUGAUGAUCGCUGUCUUCGGGGGGACUCUGCAGGUCACCCAGGACAAGAUGAUCUGCCUGCCGUGUAAGUGGGUCACCAAGGACUCCUGCAACGACUCCUUCCGGGGCUGGGCGGCCCCUGGCCCAGAGCCCACCUACCCCAACUCCACGAUCCUGCCAGCCUCGGACUCGGGCCCCACGGGCAUCAAGUAUGACCUGGACCGGCACCAGUACAACUACGUGGACGCCGUGUGCUACGAGAACCGGCUUCACUGGUUUGCCAAGUACUUCCCAUACCUGGUGCUCCUGCACACGCUCAUCUUCCUGGCCUGCAGCAACUUCUGGUUCAAGUUCCCACGCACCAGCUCGAAGCUGGAGCACUUCGUGUCCAUCCUCCUCAAGUGCUUCGAUUCGCCUUGGACCACGAGGGCCCUGUCUGAAACGGUGGUGGAGGAGAGCGACCCCAAGCCGGCCUUCAGCAAGAUGAACGGCUCCAUGGACAAGAAGUCAUCCACAGUCAGCGAGGACGUGGAGGCCACCGUGCCCAUGCUGCAGCGCACCAAGUCGCGGAUCGAGCAGGGCAUCGUGGACCGCUCGGAGACGGGCGUGUUGGACAAGAAGGAGGGGGAGCAGGCCAAGGCACUGUUCGAGAAGGUGAAGAAGUUUCGGACCCAUGUGGAGGAGGGGGACAUCGUGUACCGCCUCUACAUGCGGCAGACCAUCAUCAAGGUGAUCAAGUUCAUGCUCAUCAUCUGCUACACUGUCUACUACGUGCACAACAUCAAGUUCGACGUGGACUGCACCGUGGACAUCGAGAGCCUGACGGGUUACCGCACCUACCGCUGCGCGCACCCCCUGGCCACGCUCUUCAAGAUCCUGGCGUCCUUCUACAUCAGCCUGGUCAUCUUCUACGGCCUCAUCUGCAUGUACACUCUGUGGUGGAUGCUGCGGCGCUCCCUCAAGAAGUACUCGUUCGAGUCGAUCCGCGAGGAGAGCAGCUACAGCGACAUCCCCGACGUCAAGAACGACUUUGCCUUCAUGCUGCACCUCAUCGACCAGUACGACCCGCUCUACUCCAAGCGCUUCGCCGUCUUCCUGUCCGAGGUGAGUGAGAAUAAGCUGCGGCAGCUGAACCUCAACAACGAGUGGACCCUGGACAAGCUCCGGCAGCGGCUCACCAAGAACGCGCAGGACAAGCUGGAGCUGCACCUGUUCAUGCUCAGCGGCAUCCCCGACACUGUGUUUGACCUGGGUGAGCUGGAGGUGCUGAAGCUUGAGCUGAUCCCCGACGUGACCAUCCCGCCCAGCAUCGCCCAGCUCACGGGCCUCCGUGAGCUCUGGCUGUACCACACGGCCGCCAAGAUCGAGGCCCCUGCCCUGGCCUUCCUGCGUGAGAACCUGCGGGCACUGCACAUCAAGUUCACCGACAUCAAGGAGAUCCCGCUGUGGAUCUACAGCCUGAAGACGCUGGAGGAGCUGCACCUGACGGGCAACCUGAGUGCCGAGAACAACCGCUACAUAGUCAUCGACGGGCUGCGGGAGCUCAAGCGCCUCAAGGUGCUGCGGCUCAAGAGCAACCUGAGCAAGCUGCCGCAGGUGGUCACGGACGUGGGUGUGCACCUGCAGAAGCUGUCCAUCAACAACGAGGGCACCAAGCUCAUCGUCCUCAAUAGCCUCAAGAAGAUGGUGAACCUGACCGAGCUGGAGCUGAUCCGCUGUGACCUGGAGCGCAUCCCCCACUCCAUCUUCAGCCUCCACAACCUGCAGGAGAUCGACCUGAAGGACAACAACCUCAAGACCAUCGAGGAGAUCAUCAGCUUCCAGCACCUGCACCGCCUCACCUGCCUUAAGCUGUGGUACAACCACAUCGCCUACAUCCCCAUCCAGAUCGGCAACCUCACCAACCUCGAGCGCCUCUACCUGAACCGCAACAAGAUCGAGAAGAUCCCCACCCAGCUCUUCUACUGCCGCAAGCUGCGCUACCUGGACCUCAGCCACAACAACCUGACCUUCCUCCCCGCCGACAUCGGCCUCCUGCAGAACCUCCAGAACCUGGCCGUCACAGCCAAUCGGAUCGAGGCGCUGCCCCCAGAGCUCUUCCAGUGCCGGAAGCUGCGGGCCCUGCACCUGGGCAACAACGUGCUGCAGUCGCUGCCCUCGCGGGUGGGCGAGCUGACCAACCUGACGCAGAUCGAGCUGCGUGGCAACCGGCUGGAGUGCCUGCCCGUGGAGCUGGGCGAGUGUCCACUGCUCAAGCGCAGCGGCCUGGUGGUGGAGGAGGACCUGUUCAACACCUUGCCGCCCGAGGUGAAGGAGCGGCUCUGGAGGGCCGACAAGGAGCAGGCCUGAGCGGCCGGCCGGAGCAGCCAGCGGCAGGCCCACCAAGGGAAGCCUCGAGCCAGGAGGGCCAGGCCUGCUCCUCCCAGACCCCCGGACGACCGACGGGAGCCGGGCCAGGGCGAGAGGACAGCAUCCGAGGGGCUGGCCCCUUUCCUCCCUCUGAGACACACCCCCCAGGGCAGGCGCCUGUCGGGGAUUCCAGAGACCUAGUCCACCUCGGAGUGCAGUGUUUGGACAAUCAGGGUCUCCCCCCUGGGGCCGUCUCUGCCCCGGAGGCUGAGCUGAUGCCAGAGGUCCAGGGACACCUACUUUGCUCUUGGUAUUUAUUCUCCACCUCCCACCUCUUCCCUCCGGAUAACUUAUACAUUCCCAAGCAAGUUCGGCUCCAAUGGGAGGCAUUGAAGGAAGAGUGGGCUGUUUCCCCUUCUUUGUAGAGAUACCAUGGGUAUUUCGCACCCCCAGACUUGAGCAGAGCGGUCUGGGGCCAGACAGCUGCGGGCCGGUCAUCUCAGCGGGGCCGGGCUGGGCCCUGGCAGCAUGGCCCAUGGCCGAGCAGGCACCAGGUGGAAAGGCCAGGCCUGGGGCUUGCCUCAUCUGUUUUUGUGGCAGUUUUAGAUUUUUUUAUUUUAAAA